AUGGCAGAAAAUUCAGCCGUGUGCCUCAACAAUGCAGCUUCCUGGAAAGCUGCCCUGGGAGUGUCAGGAUUCGGGAGUGAGAAUGACCAGAAGAGCCCUCCACGAGAAAGGUCUGAAGACCGAGCCCCUCAGGAGGCUCCUUCCCAGGAGAGGCCUCCGGACAAACGCCAGGCCCAGUUCCACGGUGCUGCCGGACACCAGAGCUCCCGGGGGAGGAAGCAAGGCCCCGAGGGCACCCAGGACGAUCCCCCAGGGGAAGGGGAGGUGAGCCGGCUCCUCAGGCAAGGCGAGGCCUUUGGGUCUCUCUUGGCCGCCCCGUGCCCCGGGGGUGGAAAGAGCCUCCCAGCCCUACAGCCAACGCGGGACCUUCGGCGGCGAGCCGCCCUAGCCUGCCCCAAACCUAAGGUCACAGCACCCAUCUUGCUCGCCAAUGACCCUCGCACAGUGAGCGAGCCCACCGGCACCUCAAGUGUCAAGCGGGCUUGGGCACAACUCAGACCACACCCAGCACCUGAGGACACUUCGCCGCCAGAGGCCCAGGCCGCGCUGGGGUGCGGGGUGGGCGCCGGGGGCGCAGUGCCCACCUCCUCUGGCACCAGCGCCUCCACCCUGUGUCCGCUGGCCUCUGGCCUCCCGCGACACCCGGCCAGGCCCCGCGAGGCCCACGCUGGCGCGGAGACCCUAAAACCCCCUCCGCCCGCCACCGUACCCCCAUCUACCCCAAGGCCUAUCCCCACCCCUACCCCAAACCCCACCUCCCCCACCUUCACUCCACCUCCCCACCUCCCCAGCCCCGUCCACCGGCAGGCCCACGGAUGCCAAACCUGCGGCAAGGUUACCUCAAGCGCCAGAGGACAUGCCUCAAGAGCUCCUAGCCAGUGCCAACCUCGCCAGUCUCCUGGGAACCCACAUGGGACAGAGGCCUUUCUGCCCUGGUGCCCGCCUUACAGCCUGCGGAAAGGCAUCCUGGGCCAGGGGGGUGGGCCCAGAGCCCUGGAAAAUCCCCACCUGGAGAAGGCCCUGAGCACAUGGGCCCUGUGAGUGGUUCCAAGGGCUUUCACCAAGCUCUUCUCUCCCAACUCCACUGCUGGGCCUGUCAUAUUAGGGAAUGAUGUCUCGCGUUUAUUGAGAGCUUACUCUGUGCCAGGCAUUGUGAUUUACAGUGAUUAUCACAUUUAAUCCUCACAAUAUCCCAGUGACACUGGUGUUCUCAUUAUCAGCAUUUUACAGAUGGAGAAACUAAGUCUCAGAGAGGUUAAGGGACCUGCCCAAAGUCACACAGCCAGUAUGUGGCAGGACCAGCAUACAGACCCAGGUCUGCCUGCCUGCUUCCACAGGCGGCCUUGCUGCACCACUUCUGCUGGCGCAAGAGUUAAGGGUGCAGGUUUGACAGGGCAUCCAUUUAUGGAGCAUCCAUUUUUUUCUCAUGGUAAUUAAAUAAAACACUUUUUAUGCUAAAACGAGCAGAUACUCUCGGGAAUGAAAUUAACAUUUACACCAAUGAUUGAGAUGAAACUUGAGACUCCAGAUUUUUCACGCUAAGGCCAAUGCUUCAGGCUCUGCCCAUGGAUCCUGAAGUAACCUCUUCUAAGACCUCUGCCUUUAGAGGGAUGUUGGCCAAGGAAGCCCUACUCCAGGACCUGCUCCUGGGCAGAGCCUUCCUGGAAGCCAAAAGAUGGCCACUCCAUAGUUUGCCAUCCCACUGAACUGCUUGGGAAGUUCAUGCAGUUCCCCUGGGCUAAGGUUUCCGAUUUCCCAACAGAUAUUAAUCUUCAGGAUUUGGAAGUGAAAAAUUGGAAUUCUUGGGAAUUCCUGAAAUCAUGUUAUUCUGUAUUUUCAUAACUUUGCGUAUAUUUUUAAUAAGAGUAGUUACAAAGAACUGUAGGCUACAGCAAAUAUUCAAAAACCAGAAAAUACCAACUACCCAACACAACUGGGUAGUAUUGGAAUAACAAAAUGUUUAAAUCUUCAGCAAGAUAACUGUAUUACACGGAAGCAGGUGUUGAAAUUGCCAAUUUGAGGACUUGUUUCCAAAACUUGCUUCUUGGAACAUCAUUCCUAGGAUUUGCAUGAGAUACAUGAUGCAUGUAAACAGAUUAAUAUUCUAUUUGUGAGAAUGACUGUUUACAGCAGACAGGGCCACAGAUACACUUGUAAUAUGGCAACGGCUAUGAAAAAGAAUGAUCAGAACCACUUUUCUCCUAUUUAGUGCUUCUAACCCAAGUUCCCAACAUGUCUCCCUUAACCUAGGACGCCGUUUAUCAGCAUUUCCUUCUCUUGCUUUCUACUUCAUGUCAGUGGAUUCCUUCAAACCACGAAUGCCUCUGUAUUUAUUGUUAAGCACGAAUUCUCACAAGAGAGUUAUAACACUUUUUCCUGUUUUCCCAAUCUCUUGACUGAUUUUUGUUGGGAUUCAGAAAAACAUAAAUUUCCCGGAAAACACCAGGAAGGACUUCCUGCCCAGAUAUACUAUUCCGGGCUGAACAGGAUUGGCAAGGCAAGUCUGUUACAGAAAUAAUUACUGAGAAUAUCAUCAGACCCAGUCACUGAUACUUCCUGCUUUCAGGGGCCUCAGAGCCAGAAGAUCCAAUUGUGGAUCUCAGCUCUCCCAGUUACUGCUGUGAGACUUUGGGCAAGUCACUUUAACUCUCUGAGUUUCAAUUUAAUGAGUAGAAUGGUGCCUGGAAAUAAUAAUGCGUGUUUUGUGAGGCAGUAUUGUAGAAAGGUUAAAAGUGUGGCUUUAGAGUCAGAUGGGCUGAGGUUUAAAUUCAUUUACUUACUACCUCUUUGAUUGGAGGCAAGUGCUAACCACUCAGAACCCCAUUUUUCUCCUCUGUAAAAUGGAAAAACGGAGCCCACUUCACAGGAUUUGGGUGAGUUUAAAUGAGAGCACAUACGUAAAUGCUUCACACAGUGUAAAUGCUGGAUAAACGUGGGCCAGUAUAGUUAUUAUCUGCUGUAUCUACCUCACAGGGCCAUUGUGAGGAUGAAAGGGAGGUCGUGUUGUGGAGUUGCUUUCCAAGCUGUGAAGUGGUGUCCACAUGUUUGUCUUUCCUUCAGAGAUAGGAUGGUCAGAAGCUCCUUGGCAGACAUUAGAGCUAUCUCCAAGUAAGGGGCCUGGGAAUACUUACUGAUCCCCACAGAAGGUAGCGGUGUUGAGGAAGAGGUGUCACCAUGGUUACCUGGAAAACAGGGUUUAGCUGCAAUCAAGUAGGUGAACUCUGGCAUCGUCUGACUUGGGGCACACUUGGGGGACAGUGGAAAAGAUGAUUUUCAAAAGAUGCUUGGAGAAAGGACUGUGUUAGAUGGAGCCUGCACACUGUAGGUUUGUUUAAUAGGGAUUGAAUCAGGGGCAGGGGGCGUGGUGGAAUAGGGAGUGGUGAGGGGGCUCUUUGACUAUUGUCUGAAGCCCUGUUAUUGCCUAAACCUAGAAAACAAUCCUAUUAGCUGGAACCGGUGCAUCCUGCUCCUCCUGUGCGUGCACCUAUGAUGUUCAUUCCUCCCUAGACUAUAGACCAAACACGAUCAAAGGGCUUUCCAGAGAUGAGCUCAGGUAAUCCUGACAGCAGCCCCGUAAAGUAAAUACUAGCAGUACUCCCAUUUUGCAGACAGGGGCUUGGAGUCUGGGAAAGUUAAGACCAUUGCCCAAGGUCAUGCAGCCUAUUUGUUGUUGAGUCAAGAUUCAGACAAGAGUCCAAGCCCUUAGCGCCCGCCAGGCCACCUCAACUCACGAGCUGCCAGAUGCCGAGCUUGAACAAGGAAAAAGGAAACACAAAUGUAUGGAGUUGAGCACCUAACUGGCCUCCUCUCUUGCCUUCUGUGACCUCUCUCUCUCUCUCUCUCUCUCUCUCUCUCUCUCUUUCUUUCUCUCCCAAUAGUAUUCCUAUUUAACAUAAGUCUCCUCCUGAGUCUCCCUUCCUCCUUACCAUGGCCUCUUAGUUUCAAGUACUGGUGUAGCAAUCAAGAAGCCAAGAAGCCUUCCUAGACAAAGCCUCAUGAAUCCAUUCCUGGAGCUAGAGGCGGACCGUAGAGUGUGUUCUGUGAGAGCUGCCAACAAUUUGGGAGUAAACUUGGAGGGUGGAACUUAAUCAACUGGCUCCUAAGUGCCCAGCAGUGUGCCAAGUCCAGUAGCAGGGGUGGAGGAUACAUUCAGGGGUGAAACAGGCAGGAUCCCUGGCUUUAGGGAGCUUUCGGGCUACUAGAGAAGAUGGGCAUUAGGAAUCCUCCCAAAAUAUGAAUUCUUGCAAACUGUGAUAAGUAUCAUGAAGGAAAAGUUCAGGGAGCUAUGAAAGAAUAUAAUGCCUAAUGGUUGGAGUGGGUGGUCAAAGGCCAUUUUGAGAAAUGAUAAUUAUCGUACCCCUGAGAACUGAGUUGGGGGAAGAGAAUUCCAUAUUGAGGCAAUAGUAAGUGCAGGCACGAAGACCCAGAGGUGGGCAGGAACUUGGUAUGUUGGGGAAACUGAAAGGCAGCCAUGUUGAUGGAGCGGAGUAUGCUGGCCAUGAUAAGAGUGGUCAAGUUAAGACUGGACAGGCUGGCUAGGGGGGAUGACAGGUGCCUUGUAGGCCAUGGUAAGGACACUGGGUUUUUUGGUUCAACUUUUUAUUUGGAAAUAAUUUCAAAGUUACAGAAAAGUGAAUAGUACAGUGGAGAUCCGUCUGUCCUUUAUCCUAAUUUCAUCUGUUAAAAUUACUUAUUCUUUCUAUAUGUGGAAUGUUACAUGUGACUUUUAUUCUGAACUAUUUGAGAAUAAGUUUUACACAUCAAACACACACCCUUUACCCCCAGACAGGUACAAUGUGUACAAGUACAAUAAUCCACUAAAUUUAACAUUAAUGCAAUACAGUAUCUCAUUUACCACCCAUUUUGUCAAUGAUCUCAAUAAUGCCCUUUACAUAGCAUUUUCCCUCUAGUCCAGGGUCCAGUCUAGAAAUGAAGUAAUGCAUUUGGUUGUCAUUUCUCUUUAGUCUCCUUUAAUCUGGAAUAGUUAGCCUUUGUCUCUUAUAACACUGACAUUAUGGAAAAUUCAGUUUUCCCCUUCCUCAUUUUGGGGUUUGUCUGCUGUUUCUUCAUUACACAUUCCUGCUAGAAGACGACAUAAAUAUUAUUGUGUCUUUGUGGUAUGACAACAAAAGGCACACACUGUCUCCUCCUCCUUGGUGAUUGAAAUUUUUGCCUGGUUAAUUUACUGUUUGUCCCUCGUAACUGAUAUGUGAUCAGGGAGAUAGUUAAAACCCUGCAGAUAUCCUAUUCCAGAGAUUAUUGAAUAGAUAAAAUGUAACAUCCACUGAGGCUUUUUGCCUGAAGCACAUCAGUCUGUGUCCGGAGGGUUACAAAAUGACUUCAGCUCUCUCUCCCCUUGACAUUCUUCUGCCCAUUUAUUUCCGUAUUUAUUGUUAGCAAGGACUUUGGGGUUUCUACUAUUUUCCAAUAAUUUUAGUUAUUAACCUUAAUUAUUUUGGUGCUCAAAUUGUCCCAGAUUUGGCCAGUGGGAGCCUCUUAAAACUAGAAGGCUGGGGACUUCUGGGUGGCUCAGUCUACCAAGCUUCCGACUCUUGAUUUCUGCUCAGGUCAUGAUCUCACAGUUGGUGAGACCCAGUCCUGUGUCCAGUUCCGUGCUGACAGCUAAGAGCCUGCUUGGUAUUCUCUCUCUCUCCCUCUCUCUGCCACUCCCCUGCUCUCUCUCACUCUCCCUCUCUCUCAAAAUAAAUAAAUAAACAUUAAAAAAAAAAAAAACUAGAAGGCUAGGUUUUAUCCCAGCGUCAGUGGAGUGACAUUGUUCGAUUUGCAUAUUAGGCCCUGACUGUGUGUGAGAAUGCAUUCUAGGGGCACAGAGGAAGAAAGGACACCUGGCAGGUGGCUCUUGUGUAGUCCAGGUAGGAGAUGUGGCUUAGACCAGGGAACUAAGUUGGAUGUUCAAGAAACUUUGGUGAUAGAAUUGGCAGGAACUAGCAGUGGAGGGCAUGUGCAAGGAGUCAUAGAGGUAAUGACCGGAGCAGCUGGGUGGAUGACAGAGAUAUUUACUGAUAUGGGGAGGACAAGCAGAGUAAGGGCGUCAGUUGGGACAUUUUAUUUAUUUAUUUACUUUUUUAAGAGAGAGAGAGAGAGAGCUGGAGUGAGGAAGAGGGACAGAGAGAGAAAGAGAGAGAGAAAGAGUGAGAAUCCCGAGUAGGUUCCACACUCAGCAGGGAGCCUGAACCAGGGCUCAGUCCCAUGACCCUAGGAUCAUGACCUGAGCCAAAACCAAGAGUCGGGCACUCAAUUGACUGAGCCACCCAGGCUGCGCGGGAUGGGUAUUUUAGACAGCAGCUGACUCUCAACACA